AUGCCACAGCACAAGACUGAAUUCCAGAUUGUUGCAUCUGAUUCCAUUGAAUCUAAGGCUUCUGCUCUCAGUCUGUCUGGAUCCCUGAAGGCCAGUCUCCUGGGGGGGAUGGUGGAAGUAGGUGGAUCUGCAGCAUUUUUAAAUGAUACAAAGAAAUCAAAAUAUCAUGCUCGAGUUACUCUCCACUACUCAGUGACAAACAGGUUUGAGCCGCUGACUAUGAGCCAUUUGGGGACCGAGAACAUCUCUUAUCCUGCUGUGUUUGACCAAGGCAUGGCCACCCAUGUGGUCACAGCUGUGCAGUUCGGGGCUCAGGCUUUCUUUGUGUUUGAUCGGGAAGUUUCUUCAUCAGAGAGUGUGCAAGAGAUAGAGGGAAACAUGAAACUGAUGGUAGAAAAAAUCCCAAAGUUUUCAGGAGGAGGAGAGGUGUCUGCAGAAAAGAAGAACAAGGAAGUAGAAAAAGCUGAAAAUUUUAGUUGCAAAUUUUAUGGUGAUUUUGCUCUGGAGAACAAUCCGGUUACUUACCAAGAUGCCAUGGAAGUUUACUCCACUCUCCCUAAGCGGCUUGGAGUCGCUGGUGAAAACGCUGUGCCGGUGAGAGUCUGGCCGUACCCACUGAGCAGGCUGGAUUCCAGAGCCGCUCAGCUAGUGGGCGAGAUCAGCUCGGGGCUGAUUUAUGAUGCUCAAAGUGCCCUGGAGCACCUGACUGAGUGCGACGUCCGGUGCAACAACAUGGUGAAGGACAGAACGGCUACAGUCUUCCCCGAGAUCCAAAGGAAAAUCCAGCAAUUCAGAGAUCUGUGUAAACAGCCCAGACAGACCUUCCAAAAAGAGCUAGCUAGAACCCUGCCCUCUAUCCGUGGAGGAGGAGCAGAGGAAGGGGCCCUGGUGGACAUUUUAAGCAGCAAAGAACAAUCACCAUUCAAUACUCGGCAACUCAGUGAAUAUCUGGAUAAAAAGAUGCGAGAGAUGAAUUUUGUGAAAACAUACCUCACUUUUCUAAAUGACAUGGAUAUUAUCUCUUCCAAAACUGAACUAAAUCAGGUAUUAUUUAGCCCUAUGCAUAAGUAUGUUGUCUCCUUUACAUUUACUUCAUUAGAUGAAGAGGAGCCAUAUUUAUCAGUUUUAAAUGUCUGGCUUCAAUCCCAAAAUGUGGAGAAAACUCAUGAUCCAGAAUCAGCCAGUUCUCCGUAUGAGAAAUCAAACUCCAAACAGUGGUUUGUGGACGAAGAGAUAAGAAGAAAAGCAUGCAUAUUUGCAAAGUCCUUCUUAGAAUUUACCAACAUCAAUAAAUCUCAAGAAAAGACCCGGUUCAUUGUGGCCUCUGUUCCAGAUGAGGACCAUCCAGGAGCUUCCAUUUACCUGUAUGAGGAUGGAGAGCUGGUCAGCACCAAUUUCGAGCCUCCAUCAAAACCUCUUCCUCCUCUGAUUGAGGGAAUCAAACAUGACCGUGUGCAGCUCACAUUUAAGCCAUCAGACUCUGGAAGGGCUGCGAUAUCUGGCUACAGGGUGGAGUACAGAAUUGUAGGGCACGAGAACAGGAUGGCUGUGGAUGUAAAUAACAAACAAGAGACAUUCGCAGUAACAGGGCUCCGUCCAAACACCGAGUACCAGUUCCGAUACGCUGCAGUGAGCAAACCAGGGCUCAGCGAACGCAGCGACGUGAGUGAUCCUGUGAAGACCCUUCCUACCUGCCCUCCUGGGAAGCCUGGAAAAAAUACUGUAGAUUCAUCAGCCAUUACACUCACCUGGGAGUGUCCAACUGUGGUUGGAGAAGGAGUCAGUAUAAGGGAGUAUAAGGUGGAAUAUAAAGAGAAGACAGAAGAUACGAGUCAGGAGGAGAAAGGCAAAUGGCUGGAACGAAGGAAAGGAGAGAGAACUGGAUCUUGUAACAUUGAUGGACUGAGGCCUGAGACUCCCUACAGAUUCCGGGUGUCAGCUGUGUGUGCGGACGGGGCUGUGAGUGCCCCAAGUGAGGAGAGUUUGAUCUCAACGCUAAAGAAAGGUAAACAUUUAAGUAAAUCUGCGUAUUAUUCCCUCAACUACAGCCCUCUCGUGCCUGGAGCUACUGGAUCAGGCCCAAGAACUGCCAGCCCGUGCACUGAGAAAUCUGAACUACGGAUUGUUCUUGUUGGUAAAACUGGAGCUGGGAAAAGUUCAACAGGAAACUCCAUCCUUGGCAAGCGUGUGUUUGAGUCUAAAAUCGCAGCACAAUCAGUAACAGCGACAUGUAAGAAGGAGAGCAGGGCUUGGAACGGCAGGGACAUUGCAGUCAUUGAUACUCCUGGUCUUUUUGACACAAAAAUUCCUUUAAAAGAAACUAUGAAAGAAAUAGGGCGUUGUGUGGUAGUCUCCGCCCCAGGACCCCAUGCUAUAGUUCUGGUGAUGCAGCUGGGUCGUUUCACUGAAGAAGAGAAAAAUACAAUUAAAAGAAUACAAGACAUUUUUUGGGAAAAAGCUGUGCAGUACAUGAUCUUCUUGUUCACCAGAAAAGAUGAUUUAGAUGAAUAUUUAAAAUCUUUGGAUGACAAAGAUCUUCAGAAGUUGAUGGAAAAGUGCGGGAAUCGAUGCUGCGCUUUUAACAACAAAGCAGGAGGACAGGAGCGGGAAGCCCAGGUUUCAGAGGUGAUUGCAAUGAUUGAUAAGAUGGUGCAACAGAAUGGAGGCUCACAUUAUACUAAUGACAUGUAUGAAUAUGCUCAGAAGAAACUUCAAGAAAAAAUCAAGAUGCUCCGAGAACCCUAUAAGGAAGCGAUGGAAAGAAAAAAAAGAGAAGUGGAAUCUCAGUAUGAGGAUGAAUGUAGAAAAAUAGAUGAGGAAUUAAAGAAAGGAAGCUCACAUGAUAAAAUCACUUUGAAAAAAAAGCAGGCGGCCAUGAGACAAAAACGGGAAAAAGAUUUAGAGGAAAUAGAAACCCACUACCAGGCACAGCUACGUGAACUCCGGGAAAGAGCUGUUGAGGAUGUUACUAUAACAGACCCUGUUUUAAAUCCAUUCACAUCUGUGUUUUCAAAUAUGAAACGCUGGUUUCAAUAAUGAUUGACUUACCAUACUUUCUCCUUCUCUUGCCACUUUGCCAGUUUUUCAAUAGUGAUGAAUGGAGUUUCAGUGCUUUGUGACACUUUCACCUCCUAAUUUUUUCUGCACAGAAAUUUGUAUCAGCUUCUUAGUCAACCUUGUACUGUCAUGCCCUACAGCUAAUGCAUACAAAGCAUGAGUAAAUGAAGCUCUGAGCAUUUGCUUUUUAUGAACAUUGUGUGUUGGUUUCAUUAAAGAUUCUGGCUACAGCGAUUAGAUCUCUUCUGACUAAGAGUUGGAAUAAGCUGGGGUUGAUGUAUGAUAUUAAUUGUGAUAUUGCUGUCAAUAUGGUGGUAAAUGUACACCUUACUUCUGUUCAGGAAUCAUUUACAGACAUCAGAAUCUGUUCAUAAAAAUAACCAUUCAUAAGUA